AUGGCUGAUAAAGAUGUGGAGGCGCGUAACACGCCCUCACCAGGUCCUAGACGACAGAGGGCUCCCACCAUUACCAUCGACACUUCGGCUGUCAACCCCAACGACGCUGCCAUGGGAGACUCUGUUCCAUUGGGCGACCUGCAGGACAACCGCUCAUCCUCAUCACAACACCAUGAAACUGGAGGAGACAUCUCCCCGAGCACCUCGAAGCACCCGACCACUGAGCUUCGUGCCACUAAUUCCUUCGAGAGUCGCAAGAGCGGCGAGAGUAGACCGACCAGCCCUCACAACAUCUCUUCGCCUGCCGGCUGGGGAACCUCAUCGCAAGCCUUUCUCUCUGUCCCAGGACGCUCGCGUGGGAACUCCUUCGAUACCGAGAACGGGGAGUCCACGUCCAGCGGCACGUACAUUGCCUCUUCGCAAGGGGAGACUGUGCACGGCGGAAACAACACCAAUGGCGUAAUUGACGACAAGGAUGCGCUUCGUCCUGACCCAGGGACCGAAGCCGACUUUGAAGUCGAAAACAACCCCUUCGCCUAUUCGCCAGGUCAGCUGGGGAAACUCUACAACCCUAAAAGCUUGGCGGCCUUCUACGCAUUAGGUGGUCUUGAAGGACUCGAGAAGGGUCUCCAGUCAGAUCGAAAAUCCGGGCUAAGUGUCGACGAGGUGCACGUUCAAGGCACCAUCUCGUUUGAAGAAGCGACCACACAAGGCUCUACACUUGCACCGAAAGCCACGCCAUCCAACGUACCCCAACGGACCAACACUGCUGGAGAGCCUGGGAAAGACGCGUUUGCCGACCGGAAACGGGUUUAUAGCGACAAUCGGUUGCCCGAACGGAAACCGAAAAGUAUUCUCCAAUUGGCCUGGAUAGCUUACAACGACAAGGUGUUGAUUCUUCUUACCAUUGCUGCCGCAAUCUCAUUGUCUCUCGGUCUCUACCAGACUUUCGGCGUCAAGCACGAGCCUGGCGAGGCCAAGGUCGAGUGGGUCGAAGGUGUCGCCAUUAUCGUCGCGAUUGUCAUUGUUGUCGUUGUCGGCGCUGCCAAUGAUUGGCAGAAGGAGCGACAGUUUGUCAAGCUGAACAAGAAGAAGGAAGACCGCUACGUCAAGGCCAUCCGAUCCGGAAAACUACGCGAAAUAUCUGUGUACGACAUCUUGGUUGGUGAUGUGGUUAACCUUGAGCCCGGUGACAUGGUACCUGUCGAUGGUAUUUUGAUUCAAGGUUCUGGUCUCAAAUGCGACGAGUCGUCUGCUACCGGCGAAUCUGAUCUUCUGAGAAAGACCCCGGCUGACGAUGCCUUCCGAGCUAUCGAGAAUCACGAACCAACGAAGAAGAUCGAUCCCUUCAUCCUUUCAGGCGCCAAAGUUUCAGAGGGUGUAGGUACUUUCAUGGUUACUGCUACUGGAAUUCACUCGAGCUACGGCAAAACGAUGAUGUCUUUGCGCGAAGAAAGCGAGGUCACGCCUUUGCAAUCAAAGCUCAACACGCUCGCGACCUACAUUGCAAAACUCGGCGGCGCAUCUGCUCUCCUCUUGUUUGUUGUUCUUUUCAUCAAAUUUCUCGUCCACCUCCGGACCAGCAACGAUAAUGCAGCUCAAAAGGGACAGAACUUCUUGAAUAUUUUGAUUGUCGCUAUCACCGUUGUUGUCGUGGCGGUCCCCGAAGGCCUUCCUCUUGCCGUCACGCUUGCUCUUGCUUUCGCUACAACUCGCAUGCUCAAGGAGAACAACCUUGUACGAGUGUUGCGCUCCUGCGAGACUAUGGGUAAUGCUACGACCAUUUGUUCCGACAAGACUGGUACCUUGACUCAAAACAAGAUGACCGUUGUAUCAGGUACGCUGGGCACGGCUCUUCGCUUCGGAGAUAGGAAGAUGCAGGCGUCAACCUCAACAAAGCCUAUCGACGACGGUACCAAAGGAAAACACAGUCUUGAAACGCCUAUCGAGAACCUCGAUGAUGUUACGCCUUCAGAAUUUGUUUCUAACCUCAGCAAGGAAGUGAAGGAUUUGCUGCUGCAAUCUAUUGUUCAGAACACGACCGCUUUCGAAGGUGCCGAGGGUGGCGCUGAUCCUUUCAUUGGGUCCAAGACCGAAACUGCUCUCCUCGGUUUUGCUCGCGAUCAUCUCGGCAUGGGUUCUCUUUCGACAGAACGAUCCAACGCGAACAUUGUCCAGGUCGUUCCUUUUGACUCUGCCAUCAAAUGCUCUGGAGCUGUUGCUAAACUGGCAGACGGUCGCUACAGGCUUUACGUCAAGGGUGCUUCUGAAAUCUUGCUCGCCAAAUGCGACACCAUCAUCUCUGAGGCCACUAAGGAAGUAAGCGAGAGGCCCUUGUCGGACGAUAACAGCGAAACCCUCGAGCAAAUCAUCAACACGUACGCAUCUCGGUCAUUGCGAACCAUCGGGCUUGUCUACCGCGACUUUGAGAGCUGGCCCCCUCGCGAUGCACGCAAGCACGACGACGAUGCUUCUCGAGCAGUUUUUGAAGAUGUGUUCAAGAAGAUGACAUUCCUAGCCAUCGUCGGUAUCCAGGACCCCCUACGAGAUGGCGUGCGCGAAGCUGUCAAAGAUUGCCAGGGUGCCGGUGUAUAUGUGCGCAUGGUCACUGGUGACAACGUUCUGACUGCCAAGGCGAUCGCUGAAGACUGCGGCAUUCUGGUACCUGGUGGUCUCGUCAUGGAAGGUCCCACAUUCAGGAAACUCUCGAAACGGGACAUGGAUGCAGCGAUCCCGAAGCUCUGUGUUCUUGCUCGUUCUAGUCCGGACGACAAACGUAAGCUUGUAAAGCGGCUCAAGGAGCUAGGCGAGACCGUCGCAGUUACUGGUGACGGAACAAACGACGCACCAGCCUUGAAGACUGCAGAUGUCGGUUUCUCUAUGGGUAUUGCAGGAACUGAAGUCGCCAAAGAGGCUUCCGCCAUCAUUCUUAUGGACGACAACUUCGCAUCGAUCGUCAAAGCACUCCUCUGGGGCCGAGCUGUUAACGAUGCAGUCAAGAAGUUUCUGCAGUUCCAGAUCACUGUCAACAUCACUGCUGUUCUCCUCACCUUCAUUUCGGCCGUGUCGAGCGAUGAUGAAACAUCAGUACUCACUGCUGUACAGCUGCUUUGGGUCAAUCUCAUCAUGGACACUUUCGCCGCUCUGGCCCUUGCGACCGAUCCACCCACCCGUAGCCUUCUCAACCGCAAGCCCGAUCCGAAGUCCGCGCCUCUCAUUACUCUGAACAUGUGGAAGAUGAUCAUCGGACAGGCAAUCUACCAAUUGGUGGUCACGUUGAUUCUAUACUUCGCUGGAGAGAAGAUCCUUUCGUACGACACUCCGGAGGAGAAGGAACGCAUGCCUACACUGGUCUUCAACACUUUCGUCUGGAUGCAAAUCUUUAACUCCCUGAAUAAUCGCCGCUUGGACAACCGCUUCAACGUUUUUGAGGGUAUCACGCAUAACUGGUUUUUCAUCGGUAUCUUGGCCAUCAUGAUCGGUGGUCAGACUAUGAUCGUAUUUGUCGGUGGUCGUGCAUUUUCAGUUGUGAGGAUCAACAGUGCUCAGUGGGCGUACUCGAUUGUCUUGGGUGCUCUCUCGCUGGUCGUGGGUGUCAUAGUACGACUCAUUCCGGACGAGCUGAUCGCGCGAUGCAUUCCCUCAUUCUUCAAGCGCAAGCGCACGCCAGAAGUGGUUGUUUCGGACGAAUUUCAGUGGAACCAAGGCCUUCUUGAGAUUCGUGAAGAGCUCGCAUUCAUCAAGAAGAUUCGCGGUGGGCGCCUCAGCAACCUCAAGUUCAAAAUUGAGCAUCCCCGCGAGAUUUUCACUCGUUCCAGGUCCAGUCAGUCACUACCAGGUACACCCAACAAUGGUUCGCACAUGGAAAACGAGGGCUCGCCUGCACCACCGACUCCCGAUUCACGGAGUCGCCGUCGCGGAAGGUCGCGAUCAAAUUCCGCUUUCGGUCCAGCCGCUGUCAUGGCGGGUAUUGUUGCGGGCAGUGUGGCUGGUUGGUCACCCAUUGAUCGUCCAGCCGGUGACAACGACUCUUUGAAAUUUUCUCGCGAACGUAGUAAGUCGGAUUUGGAGGCACAAGAGGGUGUCGAAGUCCACCCAGACACCAAAUCGACCGAUCCCAUACUCGCACCUGAUCCAUCCGAGUACCGCGGACCCCCGAGUCAGAACAAGGAAACGACACCCAACUUCAAUGUCGGACCCUUUGCCGGCGAUCCUAAGCUGAAGGAGGACGGGCCCAAGUCGUCCGACUGA